AUGGCGGCGGCGGGUCGGCUGAGGUGGUUGUUCGCUGCGCUUUGCCUGGGCAACGCCGCUGGGGAGGGGGCGCAGGGGCCGCGGGUGCUGAGCGUCUGCCUGGAGGAGGACGGGGCUGCGGACUCCGGGUGGGCGCGCGGAGGGGAGGCGCGGGGCGCGCGGGCGGAGGCCACCUUCCGCCUGCGCCUCUUCGGCUCCGGCUUCACCAACAGCUCCUGGUCUUGGGUGGCCCCCGAGGGGGCGGGCUGCCCCGAGGGCGGGCCGGCCGCGGCGCCGGAGGAGGCGGCAGCACCCGCGGGCGAGUGGCGCGCGCUACUGCGCCUGCGCGCCGAGGCCGUGCGCCCGCACUCGGCGCUGCUGGCGGUGCGCGUGGAGCCCGGCGGCCCGGCGGCCGAGGAGGCGGUGCCGCCCUGGGCGCUCGGCCUGGGGGCCGCGGGGCUGCUGGCUUUGGCGGCGCUGGCGCGGGGCCUGCAGCUGAGCGCGCUGGCGCUGGCGCCCGCCGAGGUGCAGGUGCUGCGCGAGAACGGCUCGGAGGCGGAGCGUGCGACGGCGCGGCGGCUGGAGCCCGCGCGGCGCUGGGCCGGCUGCGCCCUGGGCGCGCUGCUGCUCCUGGCCAGCCUGGCGCAGGCGGCGCUGGUGGUGCUGCUGUACCGCGCCGCGGGGCAGCGCACGGUGCCCGCCGUGCUGGGCGGCGCGGGGCUCGUGUUCCUGGUGGGCGAGGUGGUGCCUGCCGCCGUGAGCGGGCGCUGGGCGCUGGCCCUGGCGCCGCGCGCGCUAGUCCUGAGCCGCCUGGCGGUGCUGCUCACCCUGCCCGUGGCGCUGCCGGUGGGGCAGCUGCUGGAGCUGGCGGCGCGGCCCGGUCGGCUGCGCGAGCGCGUGCUGGAGCUGGCGCGCGGCGGCGCCGACCCCUACAGCGAUCUGAGCAAGGGCGUGCUGCGCUGCCGCACCGUGGAGGACGUGCUCACGCCGCUCGAGGACUGCUUCAUGCUGGACGCCGGCGCCGUGCUGGAUUUCGGCGUCCUGGCCAGCAUCAUGCAGAGCGGCCACACUCGCAUCCCCGUGUAUGAGGAGGAGCGCUCCAACAUCGUGGACAUGCUCUAUCUCAAGGACUUGGCCUUCGUUGACCCUGAAGACUGCACGCCGCUCAGCACCAUCACCCGCUUCUACAACCACCCACUCCACUUCGUGUUCAACGACACCAAGCUGGACGCGGUCCUGGAGGAGUUCAAGCGAGGGAAGUCGCACCUGGCCAUCGUGCAGAAGGUGAACAAUGAGGGUGAAGGUGACCCCUUCUACGAGGUGCUGGGCCUGGUCACCCUGGAGGACGUCAUUGAGGAGAUCAUCAAGUCCGAGAUCCUGGACGAGUCUGAAGACUACCGAGACACCGUGGUGAGGAAGAAGCCUGCUUCUCUGAGCGCCCCUGUCAGGCAGAAAGAGGAAUUCUCCUUGUUCAAGGUGUCUGAUGAUGAAUAUAAAGUGAAAAUCUCACCUCAGCUGCUCUUGGCCACCCAGCGCUUCCUUUCCCGAGAGGUGGAUGUAUUCAGCCCACUGCGAAUCUCUGAGAAGGUCCUGCUGCACCUGCUGAAGCACCCCAGCGUCAACCAGGAAGUGAGGUUUGACGAGAGCAACCGCCUGGCUGCCCACCAUUACCUGUACCAGCGCAGCCAGCCGGUGGACUAUUUCAUUCUCAUCCUGCAGGGCAGGGUUGAGGUGGAGAUCGGGAAAGAGGGCCUGAAGUUCGAGAACGGGGCCUUCACCUACUAUGGAGUGUCUGCCCUGACGGCACCAUCCUCGGUUCACCAGUCUCCAGUGUCCUCGCUCCAGUCUCUCCGCCAGGACUUGCAGUCUGAGCCUGUCGAUGGCACCCACGUGUCCUCAUACUGUCCUGACUACACUGUGAGAGCCCUCUCGGACCUGCAGUUCAUUAAGGUCUCGCGGCUGCAGUACCUCAAUGCACUCCUGGCUACCCGGGCCCAGAAUCUGCCGCAGUCCCCUGAGAGCUUGGACCUCCAGGUCAUCCCAGGCAGCCAGAUCAGGCUACUUAGUGACAAGACGGCUGACACAGCGGGGCCCAACCACAGCAGACCCGGUCUCCCAACAGAGGAGAGCCCAGGGCGGAACCCAGGAGUUUAACUGCUUUCCAGGCAGCCCCAGGUCUGGGGAAUGGACAAGCACCUGGGGAACUGGAGAAAGCCGAGGAGUAACUUCCUAGCAGCCCGUCCCCAUCCCUUCCGGGCCACGUUUUAGAUGGCCCUUAGAGAUGUAGUUCCUGGGCGGUCCUCAGAACCAGGUGUCAGCGCCAGGAACCUCCAGCAGGCUCUGUCCUCCUUUAGGAUGGGGCUCAGCCAAGGCAUAGCUCUCCAGACCUGCUUCUGGAAGGAGUGAACGGAGCCCCAUCCACUCCAGCCCCCAGGGCACAGCCUUCUCCCUGUGACAGUGCAGAGUAUUUAUACCUCUUGUGGCCAAGCCAUGAGGUGGGUGCACAAUGACGGCCUUCACGAGGUUGUGUCCUGUCCUCGCUUUGCUUUAAUUUGCCAACCUUCUGCUGCUGGCAGCACUUUUUGAACAACCGAGAGCACUCGUUUGGGCUGGGAUUCAGAUCCGUUGCCUUGACCAUGGUGAACUUCUCGGGGUCCCUUAUGAUACUGUGCUUCAAAGCAUAUGCCCCAGCCGACUUCAUGUGCCAAACCUGGAAACAUAAGUACCCACAAGGUGCUCCACUAGCCCCUCCUGUGGAGGUUGCUUUCCAGACCCCUUCUGGAGCCCUGAGCGAGCAAGCUAGCCCCUGGGGACUGAGGAGGCCUGCUCUUUCUGCUUCUCCUCUGCCUGUCUUGCUUAGUUGCCACUAACAGUAUUGUCAUUUUUUGUGUUCUAAGAGGAGUCACCCAUGGGAGGAAGGGAUCUUUCUGCUGCUCCUUUUCUCCCUUGUCAAACCUAGGGAGAGUGACCAGCUGUCAGCUGUAUUCUGUUCCUUCUUCCCGGGCCUCAUUGGAGUGCUACAUGGCUGCAAUGUGCGUGGAGAGCAGGGAGAGGGAGAGACUGGUAGAUCCCCAUCACCUUUCUAAAGGAAGACCCAUCCUAUUUUUGAAAUAUUUCAAGCUUUUUGCUUUGUUCAUGUUCCUAGCUGUGGGAUUUUAGAGAACUGUGAACCCGAAGGCACUUGCCUUUUUCUUCUGGCUUACCUGUAUAUUCACCUUCCACACUUCAGCUGUGUGGAAACCUAGACAUCGCAGGGACCUAGGAGCAUAGCUUGGAUGGGGAAGGAGGAAGAUUUCUGGACCUUUCUCCAAGGAAUUUGGGUUCUUCAAAGGUCCAAGAACAAUGAUGUGUUCUUUAGGAGUUGCUCUCAAGGAAUUCACUCCAAUAGUAAGCCCAGGUGGGAAAUGUACUUUGAAAAUCAUCUCUUUCCAGACAGUGGUUCUUAACUUUGGCUGCACGUUGGAAUCACCUGGCAGAUUAAAAUAUUGAUACCUCCGGCCUUCUAUUCUGAUUCAGUCAGUCUGAAUGUCAGCAUUUUAUGUUUUGGAUUUUAGAUUCUCAGGGGGGUUUCACAUUCCCUUCACUCAGCUUCUGUUAAUGUUAACAUCUUAGAACCUUGGCAAUCUGUCAAAACUAAAAAAUUAACCAAACUAUUAACUAAAUUACAGACUUUAUUUGGGUUUUACCAGUUUUUCAAUGUGUUUUUCUGUUGCAGGAUCCAAACCAGGAUACCAAGUUCCGUUUAGAGUUACUACUGCUCUUUUCCUUAGUAGUUAUUUUUAAAUAAUUAGAUUCAUAGGAAGUUGCAAAGAUAGAGCUCCCAUAUCUGCUUCGCCUAGUUUUCUCAUCGAUGACAUCUUACUUAGUGGUAAUACAGUAUCAAGACCAGGAAUCUGACACUGCUGCACUGUGGUGUGUAAUUGAUGUCAUCUCAGCAGGUGGAUUUGUGUAGCUGCCCCCGCGGUGCAAAUCCAGAGCUGACCCUUCACCACACAUCCCCCGUACUCCUUAGAGUCACAACACCCCCUCUGCCACCAGCCCUAAUCCCCAGCAACCACUGAUCAGCUCAUCAUCUCUAUGAUUUUGUCAUUUCUAGGAUGUUGUAUAAGUGGGAUGUAGCCAUUUGGGAUUGGCUUUGUCCACUCAGCAUAAUAUUCUGGAGGCGCGUCCAGCUUGUUGUGUGUGUCAGUGGUUGGUUCUGUGAUAUUCCAUGGCAUACUCACUGUCUCAUUUAAGGACGUCUGGGUGUUUGCCAGUUUUGGCUCUUCCAAAUAAAGCUGCUAUGAACAUUCCUUAGAUUUCGUGUACACGUUGGUUUUCUUUUCUCUGAGAUCCAUGUCCAGGAGUGCAUCACUCAGUCAUGUGAUUGUGGGUUGUUGCAUACUGACAGACUUCAGAGGGCUGCAGCCCUCAGUGAUGUGUGAGUGACCCAGUUUCUCUGAGUUCUUGCUGGCGUUUGGUGUGUUGCUGUUUUUCAUCUUGGCCAUUUCCGGGAAGAGUGGUUUUCACUUGCAUCUCCGUAAUGGCCAGUGAAUGUCUUUUCACAUGUAUAUUUCACUUCAUGACAUAUCUGUACAUGUCUUCUGUCCUUUUCCUAUUUUUUUUUAAAAGAUUUAUUUAUAAAUACAAGAGCUGGAAAUACACUGCUGAAAUACAAUACUGAAGUACGCUGCUGAGGGGAGCAGUGGGUGAGUCAGGAGGGGUCUGCUGCGCCGUGUGGGUUGCUCCCUGGCCGGCAGGGAUUGCAGGGAUUGCUGCAGGGGCUGCAGAUUGCUUCAUAGUGUGGUGCUUAACCCUUGCGCCGCCAGGGAGGCCCUUUUUUCCUAUUUUUUUUUUAAACUGUUGAGAUUUGACAGUUCUUUGUAUAUUCUAAAUAUUAGUCCUUUGUCAGGUUUUUGGUUUGCAAAUAUUUUCUCCCAGUAUGUAACUUAUUUUUUCAUCCACUUAACCAGGUUUUUCUUUUAAUUGAGGUGACAUUAGUUUCCAGCAUUGUUUGUGAUUUAGAGGUAUAAGGUCUCCCCCUUUAGGUGUUGUUACCAUACCACACCCACCACCCAAGCACCUGUAGUUCAUUGUGCUUCCUCCCUGCUUUUUUUUUUAAGUUCUAUUUAUUGAGGGCCUCCCUAGUGGCCUGGGGGUUAAGCCUCAGCACUAUCGCUGCAGCAGCCUGAGUUUGAUCCCCCACCAGCAAGCUAACCCACAUGUCACAGCAGACCUCUCCUGUCUUGCCCACUGCUCCCCUCAGCAGUGUACUUAGGUCAGUCUGCCUGUUCUGUUCCCCACUCUGUCUCUGGUGAAUCCUCUCACCCCCCUCCCCCGCACCCCUGGCCUAUACCGCAGUUCUUGUAUGCAUAAAUAAAUAAAUCUUUUUUUAAAAAGUUAUUGAGGUAAUGUUGGUUUGUGUCACAGUGAAAGUCUUAGGGGUACAGGUUUACACUUCUACAAUUUUAUGUUAUUUCACCACACCCACCAUCAAGCUCCAGUAAUCCCCCACUUGGCCUCUCUUUCCCCUUUACCUUCCGUUUCUGGUAGUCUUAGGCAUAGUCCAGUGUGCUCUUCCCCCACCUGUUUCCCCCCUCCUAUUCUUUCUCCUGGAUGUCUCAGAUCUAUGAUCAACUUUCAAAAUUUGACCUUUUGUUUGGUUUCUCUGUUCCACAUUUAAGUGAGACCAACUAGUAUUUCUUUUUCUCUGUAUUUCGCUUAGUAUAAUCCCUUACAGCUCCAUCCAUGUUGGUGCAAAUGACAUGAGUUGAUCUUUGUUGAUCAUUGAGUAGUAGUUCAUUAUGUAUCUAUACCGUAUCUUCUUGAUCCAUUCAUCUAACAGGUUCUCCUAUGAACAAAAGUUUUUCUUUUUUUAUUUUAAAUAUAAAUUUUACAUCAUUGUUCCUUUCAUAUAUGUGUGUAUAUACACACACACACACAGAAUGCUUUCUUUUCUCAGGUGUAAUCCCCAUAGAAUUGCCACCACCAGUUCACCCGUGCAUCAUCACCAUAUAGUCCCUUGUGUUCUUCCCGCCCUCGCUUUGGUCUCUCGCCUUCCCACUCCCUUGCAGAAUGUCUCUGAUUUAUAGUUGUCUCUUUAUUGUUAUUUUGUUGUGUUUUUUAUUAUUCUUUUUUUCCCUUGGUCCCUUAUUUGUUUCCCCUAUAUUCCUCCUAUAAGUGAAAUCACCCGGUAUUUUUCUUUUUCCUUCUGACUUAUUUUUCUGAACAUGAUCCCUUCUAGCUCCAUUCAUGUUGCUGCAAAUGGCAUGAGUUUAUCUUUUUUGAUUGCUGAAUAGUUUUUUGAUCAAGUCCAUUUUACUGAUUUUUUUCUUUUAUGAAUUAGGCGUUUUUGGUUUCAUGUCUAAAAACUCUUGUCCUAGUCCUAGAUCCCCAGAAUUGUUUUUUUCUAAAAUUUUUAGUUUCAUGUUUCACAUUUAAGUCUGUGAUUGAUUUUGAGUUAAUUUUUAUAUAAGGCAUAAGACUUAGGUCAAGGUUUUUUUUGUUUUGUUUUGUUUGCCUAUAGAUGUCUAGUUGCUCAAGAACCAUUUGUUGAAAAGACUGGCUUUCAUGUCAAAAAUUAGUUGGUACAUUUGUAUCUAUUUCUGGGUUAUUUUGCUCCAUCUUAUCCAUCAAUAGUACACUGUUUUGAUUACUGUAGCUAUGUAAUAAGUCUUGAAAUUGAGUAGACUGAUUUCUCAGUUUUCAAGAUUGUUUUAGGUAUAAAUUUUAAGUAAUUUACAUAUACAAAUCUUGCCGGGAUUUUGUGCUGGAACUGCAUUAAAUCUGUUUAAAAAUUGGGUGAAGAAUUGAUAUCUUUACUGUAAUGCAUCAUUCAAUCAGUUAACAUGGUAUGUCUGUUUCAGCAUUUGAUAUCAUUCAUCAGCCACUUGUGGUUUUUAGCAUACACAUCCUUACAUCUUUUGUUAGAUUUAUACCUAAAUAUUUCAUUUUUUAAAGCAAUUGUAAAUGGUACUACUUUUAAUAUUGGUGUUCAUAGUCAUUGCUAGUAUGUAGAAAUAGGUUUUUGUGUGUUUAUCUUAAAUGCUGAGGUCUUGUAGAAUUCCAUUAUCCUAAGGGAGUUUUGGGGUAGACUACUUACGAUUCCCUAUAUAAACAAUCUGCAUAAUAAUGCCAAUACGUGGUCCUACUCCCAUGGAUUUUGCCUUUACCUGUCUGAACAUCAGAACUUUUCAGAUAUUCCUUAAUGAUUUGAAUUAAGCAGCCAAGGCCAAGAAACAGUGCUCUUUGACUAUGUCAAUAGUCAAUGAGCAGAGGUGCUGUGUGCACAAGAGCCAAGUGCCCAGACCGCCCUUCUGUA